AUGAAACUUCCACUCAAUUUACGCUCAAAUGUUGGGAUUUUACCUUCAUAUAAGCAUGGAUUAAAGUCAUGUUUAAGAACAAAAAAUUUUUUCUCUACGAAUGAACUUGAAGAAUAUCCUAUUCGAUCUCAAAAAUUAGACAAUGGAAUUACCUACGUUACAGAUCCACGACCAGGGCACUUUACAGGCCUUGGCGUAUAUGUAAACGCAGGAUCUCGUUAUGAAACAAAAGAAUUAACAGGGAUUAGUCACUUUAUGGAUCGACUUGCUUUCCAAGGGACAAAGUACACAUCGGUAGAAGAUAUGAAAGCAAAGCUUGAGAUUCUAGGCGGUAACUAUAUGUGUGCAACUAGUCGAGAGUCGAUGAUUUACCAAACUGCUGUGUUUAACGAAGAUUUUAAAAAAAUGGCGAAACUUUUAUCAGAAACCGUUCUUUAUCCUGAAAUUUCAGAAGAUGGUCUUAUGCAUUAUCGUGACAGCAUCAACUAUGAAAAUUCAGAGCUUUGGACGAAGCCGGACGCUCUUUUGGGUGAAUUGGCUCAUGUUACUGCUUUCAAAAAUAACACCCUUGGUAACUCCUUGCUUUGCCCACCUGAAAAGGCAUCUUCUGUGACAGAAGAUAGCAUCCACAGUUAUUUAGAACAUUUCUAUCAUCCAAAAAAUAUGACACUUGCUUAUUCUGGUAUUCCCGAAAACGUCGCUCGAAACAUAACCGAGGAAUUUUAUGGUCAUCUACCAAAAUCAAAUCAACCCCCGGUGUCAUCGGAAUAUUCCCAUUACACUGGUGGAAGUAUGUCAAUCAACAAAAAAGAAGCGCCUUUGGUUCCCUAUCAACAGGAGUUUUCCCAUGUAUUAAUAGCUAUGGAGGGGUUAUCGGUUACUGACCCCGAUAUUUAUGCAUUGGCUUGUCUUCAAUUCUUGCUAGGAGGCGGUGGAUCCUUUAGUGCUGGAGGCCCUGGAAAAGGUAUGUAUUCUCGUUUGUAUUUAGACGUCCUGAACCAGUACCCCUGGGUCGAAACAUGCAUGGCAUUUAAUCACAGUUAUACCGAUAGUGGUCUUUUUGGUAUCUUUAUCACGAUUUUGGACGAUGCUUCUCAUUUGGCCGCUCCGAUUAUAAUUCGUGAACUCUGCAGCAUUGCCAUGUCUAUUAGCAAAGAAGAAGCAGAGAGAGCUAAAAAUCAGCUUCGUAGUUCCUUACUUAUGAACCUGGAAAGCAGAAUGAUUUCCCUUGAAGAUUUAGGACGUCAAGUCCAAACCCAGAAUGGUGAUUAUAUUUCUCCCAGGGAAAUGUGUGAAAGGAUAGAAAGUUUGACUCCCGCCGACUUGACUAGAGUUGCUCGAAGAGUUUUGACUGGUAAUGUAAACAAUCCUGGAAAAGGAACAGGAAAGCCCACAAUUUUGACUCACGGUAACGAAAACCAAAUUGGUGAUAUCUUAUCACUUUGCAAGAAAGCAGGACUUGGCAAAUAA